AGUAUAAAUAUGGAGACAACAGCAGCACAUCAACUACAUCGAUCUGACAGAUUGAAAACGCCGGCUGGACUCGAGACUAUCACUUCAAACCGACAGAGUUUAACUCAGAGAGGUUGUUGUAGUCCUGCAGAGUUAGAUAGCUGCGUGUAGUCGUGUAGUUGUUUAUCUUUGUGGACAUUUAAACCAGCUGCUAACAGACAUCAGCUGUCAAUAACAAACAAUGGCAAUCAAUAAAGCUAAAGUCGCUGUUGGUUUUAUAGUACUGGGUGUCCUCACCGUGUUCUUUGGGACGCUUCUAACCUUUGUGGGUCCAAUAAUCAUCGACGACCAAGUAGUGAAGAACACAGUGAUCGACCCGAAGAAUGAAAUGUCCUACACCAUGUGGAAGGACGUCCCUGUCCCGUUCUACAUGUCCGUCUACUUCUUCAACGUCCUGAACCCUCAAGAGAUCCUGAAGGGAGAGAAGCCCAUGGUGGAGCAGCGAGGACCUUUUGUGUACAGAAAACGCAUUCAGAAAGACAACAUCACAUUUCACGACAACGGUACAGUGUCCUACAGGGAGUACAGAAGAUACGCCUUUGAGCCGACCAUGUCUUCAGGGAACGAGUCCGACGUCGUCACCAUCCCCAACAUGUUGGUGCUGGGAGCAGCAGUCAUGAUGGAAAACAUGCCCUUCGCCGUGCGUUUAAUGAUCAGCACCACCUUCAAGACCUUCAAGGAGGGGCCCUUCCUGACCAAGACAGUAGGGGAGCUGAUGUGGGGUUAUGACAGCGGACUGGUUGAUUUCCUCAAUAAAUGGCUGCCCGGCAUGCUGCCCUCAUCGGGGAAGUUUGGCCUCUUUGCUGAAUUCAACAACUCCAACACCGGCCUGUUCACCAUUCACACUGGUCAAGACGACAUCAGGAAAGUCCACAAAGUCGACUCCUGGAACGGCCUGACGGAGCUGACCAACUGGAACACUGCUCAGUGUAACAUGAUCAAUGGAACAGCUGGACAGAUGUGGCCUCCCUUCAUGACCAGAGAGAGCACGUUACCUUUCUACAGCCCCGACGCCUGCAGAUCCAUGGAGCUCGUUUACCAGCGUGAUGGCGUGAUGAACGGCAUCCCUCUGUAUCGAUACGUUGCACCCAAGACGCUGUUCGCCAACGGGACCGAUUACGAGCCCAACGAAGGCUUCUGCCCCUGCAGACAGUCCGGUCUGCUGAACGUCAGCAGCUGCCGACACAACUCUCCGGUCUUCAUCUCUCAUCCUCACUUCUUUAACGCCGAUCCGGUGCUGCUGGACUUCGUUCAGGGUCUCAAGCCAACCGAAGACAAGCACGGCCUCUUCAUCGACAUCCACCCGCUGACGGGCGUCCCUCUGAACGUGUCCAUCCGUCUGCAGCUCAACCUCUACAUGAAGAGAGUUUCAGGAAUUACAGAAACUGGCAAGAUCUCUGAGGUGGUGAUGCCCAUGAUCUGGUUUGAGGAGAGCGGCUACAUAGACGGACCCAUCCUCAACACGUUCCACACCAACCUGGUGGUGCUGCCCUCUGUGAUGGAGUACAUGCAGUACGGCUUCAUCGCCCUCGGCCUGGCUACGAUAGUCAUCGCCGCCCUGCUGCACCACAAAGUGAAGAGGUCUCGUUCAAACGCGGCGAUGACUUCCAUCGGAGUGGACAACCCCGGGGCCUCCGAUAAAGAGCGGAUAAAAGGCACGCAUGACCACGAAACAAAGGAGAAAUAUAUCGCAAAUAGCUCAGAGAAGUAAAUGUGAAGGUGUCAGCACAUCCGAUGGGAACAAGAGCACUUCAGCCGGAGAGAGAGACCCUCUACUGCCGCAUGACAUGGACUGAUCUACACACACACACACACACACACACACACACACACACACAGCUGGUGUUGUGGACUCAACGUUAUCCCAGUUAUCUGGAACUGAAUCACUGACACAUGCCGCUCUGCUCGGCACAUUUCAAUGAAGCCAUAUUUUACCUUCAUCCUGUAAAGUUUAUGACACUCUCGGAGACUCCCUCUCACGUCAGUAGACGUGUUUGUGUCGAGGCUGUUGGGGUUGAGACUCCUUUAAGGCGGAGCGAGCGAAGACGCUCUGUCGCUUAAAAACACUUCUUUUUUGUACAAAAACAAACAUUUCCAGUGUGUUCAUUUGGCUCUGUACGACGGAGUGUUAUAGGGCCACACCGAGGGGAAAAAUACAGCUGAGAUUUAGAGAAAAAAGUCAGAAGUUUAAGAGAAAAAAUUCAUAAUAUUCUAAAGAAGUAAUUGUACGUAUUAUUUUAGAGGGUAAAUAGUGUGAAAAUGAGGAACGUGGAGCAUCUUGUGAAGUUAUACCUUAGGUUUCACAAAUAACCAAAUACUUAAUCUUAGAGUUAUGACUUUAUUCUCAUCAAAUUACG